AUGUCGACUCCCAUUGCUAUCUGUGGUAUCGGAUUGAGGCUUCCAGGUGGCAUCUCAACCCCAGCUCAGCUCUGGGACUUUCUCCUGGAGAAGAAGAAUGCGAAAUCCCGAGUCCCCGAGAGUCGAUAUAAUGUUUCCAGCUACUAUUCCAAGUCUGGAGGAAACGGUGUGAUCAAAACAGAGCAUGGGUAUUUCCUGGAUGACAACCUUGCUGCCCUUGAUACCAGUUUCUUCAGCUUUACCAAGGUGGAACUGGAGGCGGUUGACCCUCAGCAACGCUUGCUGCUUGAAGUGGUUCGGGAGUGUUUGGAAAGUGCCGGCGAAGUUGACUACAGAGGCAAGGAUAUCGGUUGUUUUGUGGGAUCUUAUGGCGAUGACUGGAUCCAAAACCUCUUUCACGACCCCCAGAUGUAUUCCAAGUAUCCAUUGAUGGUUGGUGGUGAUUUUUCCAUUCCCAACCGCAUCUUGUACGAGUAUGAUCUUCGUGGACCCAGUAUGAUGAUCCGCACCGCGUGCUCUUCAGCCACUGUCGGUCUGCAUGAGGCAUGCCUGGCCAUACAGAGAGGAGAGUGCUCAGCGGCGAUUGUCGGAGGCUGCAACCUUGUCAUGUCCCCUACUAUGACUGCUAUCAUGUCGCGAAAGGAGUUCUCUCGAAUGACGCCACCUCCAAGACCUUUGAUGCCGACGCUGAUGGAUAUGGCCGUGGAGAGGCCAUCAAUGCCAUCUAUAUCAAACCAUUGGCAGAUGCCAUUUGUGAUGGAAACCAAUAAGAGCUGUUAUCAGGGGCACUGCAACAAACUGCGAUGGCAAAACCAGUGGACAUAUGCCGCUGCUGGAAUCGACGACAUCUCGGACACUCCAUUUGUGGAGUGUCACGGGACCGGGACUGCGGUUGGGGACCCCAUCGAAGUGGCAGCCAUUGCCAACACAUUUGGGGAUAGAGGCAUUUACAUUGGCGCUGUCAAGCCGAAUAUUGGACACUCUGAAGGUGCAUCUGGUCUUACCUCACUUAUCAAGGCAGUGCUAGCCCUGGAGAAUCAGGUCGUCCCCCCAAACAUUAACUUCAACACACCAAACCCCAGGAUCCCCUUCGCAGAAAAGAAGUUAACAGUCCCCGUUGAGUCAACUCCAUGGCCUCAGGAUCGUGAUGUCAGAAUCAGCGUGAACAGUUUUGGUAUGGGGGGAGUUAAUGCCCACGUUGUCCUUGAGUCUGCUGAAAGCUUCACUCCUCCCUGUUCACCAACAGAAGCUACUGCCAAAGCGGUGUCAUUGCUGGUAUUUUCAGCCAACACCUCCAGUUCCCUCCAUCGCUUGAUGGACGAGCAUCAGCAAUACCUGCAGAUCCACCCUGACUCUUUGGCUAACAUGGCCUACACUCUGGGGGUAAGACGAGAGCACUUGCCAUUCCGCGCAGCGUCCAUCGUACGGCAGGGCUCGUCUAUAGCUGUUACGACGCAGAUGACGAAGAGUUCCUCAUCACCGCCAAAGGUGGUCUUCGUGUUUACUGGUCAAGGUGCUCAAUGGCCUGGGGUGGGAGUUGCACUUUACAAAUCCAAUCCAACAUUUAGACGAUCCAUUUUAGGGUUGGAAGAAAUCUUGUGCACUCUACCACAAGCCCCUACCUGGUCCAUAAUCGAUGAGAUGAUGAAUCCAGUCGAAAAGAUCACUCCAUACGCGGUCGUCGGCCACUCAUCCGGUGAGCUUGCGGCAGCUUAUACAGCCGGUAAACUGACUGCACGAGAAGCCUUUAUUUUUGCAUUUUAUCGUGGUGUUCUGUCUGAGCAUGUCAAGAAGACUGGAGGCAUGGCGGCUGUAGGAAUGUGUAAAGAGGAAACCAAUCAAUUCUUGGUUCCUGGAGUGGCCAUUGCCUGCGACAACUCACCAUCCAGUGUUACAAUCUCAGGUGAUCUAGAGGAGCUGGUGAACGUCAUACAAGCAAUCAAAAAACCACGACCAGAUGUAUUGGUCCGACAACUGAAGGUUGAUUUGGCGUAUCAUUCCCCCCACAUGAAAGAUCUCGGGGACACAUAUCGUUCUCAUAUGGAGUGCUUUGCCACAAACUCCUCAACCGCACGUUCACCUCCCGUCCACUUCUACUCAAGCGUCACUGGAACUUGUUUGGAUGACUCUGCUACUCUGGGCCCUCAGUACUGGCAGUCCAACCUUGAAUCGCCUGUUCUCUUCCGUACCGCAAUCCAAGGGCUCAUAUCUGAUAACAAUGGUCAAUUCCUGUUCUUAGAGAUCGGUCUCCAUUCGGCGCUCUCUGGCCCAACUUGGUCGAAGGGAUUUGGAAAGCCCGUCAAUGAGAAUGUUAUACAAGACGAUCAAGUCGAAAUUGAGGUAGAUACCGUCGGGGUUAACUUCAAGGACGUACUCGUCACUCUAGGUAUUGUAAAUGUAGCGGACAAUAGACUAGGUCUAGAGGCCACAGGGGUUGUACGCAAGGCUCAAAAGUGCGCGAUCUUUCCCCCGGAGACCGUGUCUUUGCAGUCGGUGCAGGAUGUUUUGCAACAAAGAUAG